UUGUUUGGGGCAUUUUAGGUAAUAAACUAAAACCGCAUUAACAAUUGUUAUUAUAUUUUAUAGUAAUACUUUAUUCUCCUUAUUCUUCUUUCAGUUGCAGGCAGCAAUAAGAGGAUUUUGAUUUUGUAAUAACAAAAAGUGUAUAAUUUGCGUUGAUCGCAACCACACACUGCAGUGAACAACUAUGUUCAAGGAAGAACUGAAUAGUUAAAUAAAAUAAAACAAAACAAAAAUGUGUAAAUACAAUAUAUAGCAACAACAAAAAAUUUAUAAAAUAAAUUCGAAACCGCCGAAACAAAAAGUUAACAGGGUAACCAACCAAAAACUAUUACCUAAUUAAUACCAAACAACAACAAAUAGAGCUACAAACACACCAAAAAGUACCACAAACGAACAAGUUGUUGUUCACUAAUCAACAAUAACCACUAUUAUUACUAGAACAACUGUUUAAUCAAGUGCUAUUCAACUAAACGCCGUUUCGGUCAACCAAAGAAUGCAACCCACGACCUGGUAGCAAGCCAAGCCAAACCAAAUACUUAAUCAACCAGCGAACUGACUAAUUAACCAACCAUCCAACUAACCAAUAAACAAUAAAAAGCAUGAAACAAAACUAAACAGUCGAAUUGAUUUUAACAGAAUUAUCACGCAUUGCAAUGCAACUAAAAAAAUUUAAAGUUUCUUAUCGGCCAACGCAAAACUACUAUCGGCUUAUGUCAAUUUAAUUAAAAAGUUCAACUGAUUUCUAAAUUUCUAAGGACAACAGAAUUAGCCAACGAAUUCUGACUCCAACUUAACACAAACUUUACUUAUAAUUGAUAUUACUUCAACCACCACAAUCGCCAUUUUAUACAACUCCUUUAUCCCGUUAUCGACAUUCUGCAAAGAACAUAUAAAGACAAGUCUUUAUAAAGACAAGCCUUUAUAGGUCCUUUGCGUUUGGCAUUCACAGGUAGGGAAAAUUCUCAUUUUCUUAGAACGAAAGCAAGCACAAAAACAAAACACAUCAGUUUCAUCAAAACAAACAAAACGUAACGAAAUAUACAAAUAUUAAAACAAUAUGACUUCGCCACCGGAAAGCCCCAUCGAAGAGGUUGUCUUCGAAUUGGAACACACCCGAGUGCCUAAGCCAAUAAACGUAACGAUAGAAGAUUUGUAUCGCGAAACGAAGUUCUCAAAGCAGGAAAUACGAAUUAUGUAUCGUGGAUUUAAAACGGAAUGUCCCGAAGGCGUUGUACAUGAGGAAUGCUUCAAAGAAAUUUACGCCAAGUUCUUUCCACAUGGUAACUCCAGUUUAUACGCUCAUCAUGUGUUCAGGACAUUCGAUAUAAACAGUACUGGGUCUGUGAACUUUCGGGACUUUCUUAAUAUCCUCUCGACACUGUUGCGCGGUACAGUGUACGACAAAGUUAAGUGGACCUUCAAAUUGUACGAUGUGAAUGCUGAUGGUCGAAUAACACUCGGUGAAAUGAGUGAUUUAUUUCAUUCGAUACAUGAGCUAAUGGGACGACGGCCGCACCAACCUGAUGAGGACCGAAAAGCCAAAGAACAGUUGGAACGUACCUUCCGUUCAUUCGAUCCACACAAUGUCGGCUACAUUAAUUUCGAAAUGUGGAUGAAAGGUUUGCUCACCAACCGAACCAUAGUGAAUUCUUUUCAUGUCUUUCACUCGGAUCCCUGAUGGUCGGAGAGUGACUUCGAGAGUAUUUUGAAUAAUCAAGAAGUUAUAUCGCUUAUAGAUCUCUGAGAAAGUAAACCUAAUAAUGACAGGAAUGCACGAAAAACCAGCGUUAAUCCCCAGACGAGUAAGCCGUUGAACAAAAAUAAGAAAACGUAAAAUUACGAGAAAAUCUGCAACUUGUAAAAAUGAAAUUGAGUUGAGUGAAAAAGGGAAAAGCGUGGAUGCAAGGUAACAAGCCGUAUGAAGUGGUGCAUUUGUAUAAAGCAUUUAGCACUGGAUAUGCGUCUGAGAAUUUCAUCCUGCCGUGUACGCGAAUAGGUAAAUGGAAAAACUAUGUUGUAAUUUAGGUGGAAAUUACAAUAAAUUGGGUAUAGUAAAUAUUAUUGUACAAAAUAAAUAAAAAACGGAUACAAACACAAAUUGAAAAUAGACAUAGAAAAUUUCUAGGAAUUAAAUACGAAUUGAAUGCUCCAAUAAGUCAAAUACAUAUAGCAUACUAAUUAUACCAAGAAAAAUUAUAGUAAGUACAUAAAGGAAUGCAUGUAGAAUAUUUGAAGCAGCGGCAAAGAAAUGAGCUAGAGUUGACAUUUUUCGCUGGAAAGGCACAUAAUUUUUUACAAAAAUACGUACUUAUUUCUAUAAAUCUGAAUAUCCACCAGUUACGAGAAGAUAUGGGAACAUAUUUUUAUUAUAAUUUUUUUUUUUUUUUGUUGGCAGCAGGGGCUAAAUGAAGGAGUUUAUUAUUUCAUUGUUGUUUUUAUAUAAUUUAAUUUUUGUUUUUAAAACAUUUUAGUCUCUUUAGUUUUAUGCCAUUUUAUUUAAUUAAAUUUGUUGUAUACGCCUUUUAAUUACAAUAAAUGCACAUUUCUUGCAUUCAUUUUAAAACUAAGCUUAAAAAUAAAUUGAAUCACCGCCGAUGCCUAACAGCGCGCAAGAAAGAAUGUCCCGUUGUCCUUUUUCUCAGGCAAUUACAAGUCUACCUGGCGUGAGUGGAGAGUCGGGUGGUGAGUACCCAGUAUUAAGCCAAGUACGCUGAUCAAGUUCAUGUAAUAGCGGUAAGCCAAGUGCAUUGGUCAGGUACAUGUCUCAUGUCCUUAACAGAAGGCAUUUUUAGUAAACAUAACUUUAGACAGUUUAUACGAACGAGCAUAAGAUUUCAAAGCAGAUGAAUAUUUUGAAGCUUAAUAUUUUUUAUUAGUUCGGCCGAAAACCUAACAAAUUAUGUACGCGUCAUUAUGUGUAUUUUUUUAUUUCAAUUCAUUUUACUUUAAUUUUGGACUAUUUAACUUUCACCGUUGGCGAACAGCUUUGAAAGAACUUGUACAAAGUUAGAGUGGACAAAGUUAAAAAAUUUAAAUUCUGCCGUUUAUUUUAAAUUUGCGUCAAUGGUCUACUCAAGGCCAUUGAAAAAUCGGCCUUGAACAGCUGUCAAGUGUCAAACCUAGAACAGUUACUCUUGAAUUGAAUAAAGUUAAAUGCGACAAAGCACUAAGAAAUAAAUAUCGAACAAGAUUCAAUAAAUCGAAAAGUGUAGAACCAAAAUCCCGAGAAAGAAUUACUUUACUUAUUAGUAAUAACAGUAAUUACAUAGAGUAUGAAAGUUGCAAAAAUUAGGGUAUUAGUAAUAAUCGCUGCAAAACAAUAAAAUCGUAUAAUUUACCAAAGUGUGAUGGAAUGUUUUGAGAAAGUAUUAAAGAAAGGAAAGAAAGGAAUAAAUGAAGUAAAUUUAAAAUAUGUACAAACAAAACCAAAACAAAAAUUUCGUGAACGUAUGGAAAAAUUUGUUAAUUAAAAAUCUCAACAUUUUAAUUUAAAUUUGAAAAUUUUAAAGCAAUUUACUCUACACUAAUAUUGACUUUGCCAGCAGCGAAAUUUUGCAAAUCGUGCUUUAAGCUCUCUCAGUUCGCAUUAGAUUACGAAAUUUUAGUGUAUUAAAACUAAACUUACAAACAUCAUUUUACAAAACUUUUAUUUAAUACUCUACGGAAUUUGUAUUUUAUUGUGUGCCUAAUUGCAUGCAACAUGCUUACCUAACCAAAGAAAAGAUAACAACAUGAGCACUGACGGGGAAAUUAGAAAUUUAUUCAUCAACAAUCAGCUGUUUACGGUUACGGCGAAAAAACUAAAUUCAAUUGGUUUUGGUUAUGACUACGGAAUUAUGGCAUGUCACUUCUAAUCUAUUACAGUAACACUCAUACUAUAUGUUGGUUCAAUCAGCAAAUUUAUGGAGUUGUGGAUAUGGCACCACUACUUUGAGCUUUAACCCUGCAACCAGUCUACUCUAUUCGGUUGAGAUGACUGCCAAAGCACACUAGUAAUUUACCCAUUCCCUAGCCUUUUAGAGAAUUUUACACAUGCUUCUCUUCAACUUCUCACGAAAUUUAAUCACCAACUUUACGAAGAGUAGAAUGUUGCGAAUGCUCGCAGAAACUAAGCCUACCAGGUAUUCAAAUAACCACUUUUGUAAGUAGCAGUGCCGCUUUUUGAACAAAACAGGUCGGUGGCAAAGCUAAAAAUCUACAUACUCUACCUCCUCGUCGUUCUUGUAGCUGCUACAGAAAGUCGAGGAAAAACGCUACACGUCUGCACCCAAUAACCUUAUAUGAAAAUGACCCAGAUACAUUGUUUGCCGACUUUUAGUCUGAUCUUUCUGGCCACCCUAUGUGGAUUCCGUGACAUGAAAAUUUAAAAAAAGAAAGGUAUUUCUUUAUUAUAGUAAUUCGGUUGUUGUUGUCGUUGUAAAUGUUCAUUAAGCCCUGCGAGUGCAGUACAGUCACCGAUCGUCACCAUCUAACUCAUCUAACGGUAGGCCCAGGAAGCAUGCUGUUUCAACGGGUGGGAUCCAGAGGGAGAGGGGUGUUAGUUGAGUGGGUUUAAGAGGGGAUGUGAAUAGGUGUUUAGUAUCAUGGGGUAUUUUCACAUGCCGGACAUAUUUUGAGGAUGUCGGGGUGGAUUCUGGAUAAUUAGGAGUUUGACCUGCUACAAUAUCUAGAAAGUAAUUGAGCCAAAAUUACAAGGGCUGUAGUUAUAUUCCAAUAACGAGAUUUGAUAGUCGGUCGUUUAGGAAGGUGGUAAGAGGCUCUCGAUGAAUGUCAUUUAAUAUCUGUUUGUACACUGUCCGAUCCAGUAGUUGUAGUCGAGUUUGGUCCUGGGUCUCGUCGAAGAGAUGCAUUCUGAUUCACCUGGGAGGUGGCUCAGGCUGUACCUUAGUGCUUGCAGACGUGAUUCCUACGGUAACACCUCACAGAAAUUGCUGUCUGAGCAACUUACUGCACUCCUUAACCGGGAGUAUGGAAGCCUCGUUGUGAAUUUGUUGCAGGUGAGACAUCAGGAGGUUCUCUGGCUGUCCUGAUAUCAGUAUUGUGGCACGUCUAAAGCUUUGUCCACUGCGAAUCGCUAGUGCCAGGCUACCAGACCGGCGCAGCGUAGUUUAGAAUCGAGCGACCAGAGUAAUACGGUCGUUUUACUUGCUAGCUCAACUGAGGCGCUGUUUCCAUCGAUGCCCCUGUGACAAGGAAAAAAAAAUACUAUUAUCGUGCUACGUCAAGGACCCUUAUGCAUACAUAGCUACCUGCGAAAAGGUAUCGUUAGGUUUAAAUAUAGCUCGGCUGCCAGAGUAGCCAUAAUAAAUUACAGCAGUCGGCAUCCUUUAUUGCUGCCAAUCGCCAAAUGCCAAACAAUAGGCUGGGUUUAGUUUUGAACUAUCGGUAGAGAUGACUAUGUGCGUGAUGACCCAUGCUUCUUUGUUCAACCCAAAAAAACGUUUGGAUAAUUUAUUGUCAAUAGCGAUUAAAGGAAUAGGGCAGUCAUAGCGCUCGUAAGCUUACACGGACCUCGUCCAGAGUUAUUGAGUGUCGGAAUCUAAGCUCCGAGCUGAGUUGAAUUCGAUUCUGAAGUUUGUAGUUGCAAGCAAUUUGAAGUUUGUGGUCAUACAAACGGCAACACUGGUUAUUUAAGCACGUACUUGCAUACAUACGUUUUCUUACUGCAUGAAUAACUUGUAGAUGAAACUUCAUUUCGUUUAAAAUAUUUUCAGGAUUUCUCUGCUGGAAUCUAAAGUUUCCUAAUACAAGUAAAGUUUUCUAAUAUUUGUGGAAAUAUUAUGUUAAAUUUAAUAAUUCACUUUAUUAACUAGACGAGUACAACUUUGAGUUAUUAAAAGUAAGUUAAAGGAACGAUACACCGCGUGAAUUUUGGCAAUAUUUCUAGUAAUUAGUAUACUAUGUAAACACAUCUGCCAACUAUGAUAAUUCUACUUAUGUACGAAUAAAUGUCGUAACCACUGUUGUUAUAAUUUUUUGCUGUUAUUACGUAUUUCCGGUCAAUUAAUUCUUAACCGAAACAUAUGAAUGACAAUUUGAAAUGUAAUUCCAAAGGCAAUUUAUUUCUAAGAUUCCAUUUAAGUACAUUCAUACGUAAAAAACUCAAAACUCACAAAAAUAUAGUACACGUACUAACUAUUUUUAAGAACUGAAAAUGUAUUGAAAUUCAUUUGAACAUUUAAAAUAUCCAUUUGUAAACAGCAAAUAAUACCUAAAUGAUAAAGAAAUAGAGAAAAAGUAUAACGACAAAAUAAAUAUUAAUAGACAGAGAAGUCCAACUAAUGUAAAACAAGCAAAAAAUUAAAAAAUUAAAAUUACAAAAAUGAAUUUCGUGCACCGAUAGCCCAGCGCCAAUAGGAUAAAAAAUACAAAAUGAAUUUGAACGUAAAAUGCAGCUUAUAGCGUGUUCUUAUUGUAAAAAUAAUAUUAGUCGACACGUGAAAAUAAAAACAAAAAAUUAUGAAAAUUGUAUAAAACACUUUACAAAAAUAGAAAAGAAAUAAUAUAUGUAUGUAUUUAUGUACUUUUUGGAAUUGUUUUGUUUUUUCGUUUUAUUUCAAUCUAAUUUUUCACUUAUAUGGAGCCAAAUUCCACCGAAGCUGUAAGCAAUACCUGAAGUAAAAUAUAACAAAAAAAUUAAUAAACUACAAACAUACGCAACAUUGAUUAUUUUGUAAAAUGUUACACGCAAAUAAAAAACAAAUACAUACUUAUAAUAAAGGAAACAUAUAAAAAAUGAUUUACGCAAUAGAUUUGAUCCAGGCGCAUCCAGACAAGGUGACAGCUGCAGUACAAAAAAUACAAUACAAAAUUUACAUGCAUUUUGUGUUUGCAAUUUGGCGGUUUGAAUGUGAAAAUCAGAAUGUUAGAAAAAUAAGAAGAAAAACAAUAAAGAACAAACGUUGAAACCACCAAAAAGCAAAACAAAAAAACAUUCAGUCGCUCUAGUAACUUCACCUUAUAUGAAUACGCCUUGGCUUUGAUCUCAACACCAGCAUCUAAAAUUAUUGAGCACUCAAGUCACCUACUGGAACAAAGAGCACCAAAGAGGAAACGCAUGAUAUUAUACAUUACAAUAGCAUUGUAUACAUACAUA